UUGUUUAUCUUGUGAGUUGUUUGAGGGGCCUAUAUCGACAACAUUUUAAGAAAAAGCGUAGUAAAUCAAGCAAGGAGGAUCGAGUAUUGAGGUCUAAAUAACGAUAAAAUUCAUCCAGGAAUCUAUAGAAGGCCGUUCAAUCUUGAAGAAAAUAAGUUUGAAUAGUAAUCUUGAUUCAGUCUACUAACUAAACACAAAGCCGGCUUCUAGAGAACUUUCAAUUAUUUUGCAUUCUUUCAUUAUUCUUUGGACCAAGCAAUGCGGAACUUUGAAUAUUUUCCUGUAGGAUUAACGAGAGAUGAACAUAUCUACUUAAAUAAGAUGACCAGUUGACGCCAAGCUGACACAUCUAGAUAGUGUCUUUGUCUCUUGUGAAACAAGAUGGCGUCGUCCAGUGUAAUCAUCGAGAUUGAAGAUCCCCAGCCUAUCCCCGACAAAGCUAUCAAACUAUAUGAAUACCAUGAAAUUCCCUAUUUUUUGCGAGGAAAUGCAUAUAUUACGGAUGGCUAUCGUGCGUAUUUGAACUCUAAAUGGUGCAUCAAAAGUUUGUUUAUGAUGUCUAAUGAGUCUAUUAACAUCUGGUCCCACAUCUUAGGAUUUUGGUACUUCUCUUUCCUGUUAAUUUAUGAUAAUUUCCUCAAGAUUCCUUAUGUUGCUGGAUCAACUCUUGCAGAUUAUUUGGUGUUUUCUGCACUGCUUAUUGGAUUCCAGUUAUGCAUGCUCUUUUCUGCUGGAUAUCACGUGUUCUGUUGUCACUCCGAGAGGGUUUUUCAUCGAUGGUUUGCUUUAGAUCUUGCUGGAAUAUCACUUGGUUUAUGUACCUGUUACAUCCCUUCUGUUUAUUAUGCAUUUUAUUGUCAUGUGACUCUACGAACAUUAUACCUCACUGGGGUGUGUAUACUUACUAUCCUAACUAUCAGCUUUCAAGCUCAUCCACAUUUUCUUACAUCACACUGGGCACGGAGGAGGCUGCUACUGUUUUGUAGUAUGGUGGCAUAUGGAGUGAUGCCCUCAACUCACUGGGUCUAUCUUAAUGGUGGAUGGGACCAAGAAAUUGUUAAGCUGUUUAUCCCAAGGGUUGUAGUACAGUAUAUCCUAGGAAUCCUAGCACUGUCAUUCUAUGCAUUUAAGAUUCCUGAAAGAUACUUUCCAGGAAAGCUGAACUACAUAGGAUCAAGUCAUCAAUGGUGGCAUCUAUUAGUAGUUAUUGCAUUUUGUUGGUGGCAUCAGUCAUGUAUAUUUUAUAUGGAGUAUUUAAAGGAACAUGAAUGUGAAGCUACUACUGUAUACACAGACAACAUGCCUGUGUUAUGACCACUGUUAGAUGUAGGGGAUAUAAGUAAGACAUAAUUUUAAGUCGGUUACUUCAUAGUGCUAUUUUUAAGAAACUUUGGAGGGGCAAAUGGCAAAUGGCGAUCAGUUAUUGGCAAUUGCAAGACCAAAAGACACAGUGAGCAUCUAAACAUGCAUGUAAACAUGCAUAAUCGAGGCAUUUUAAAUGGUGUCAUAGACUUUGUGAACACUAAAUAUCUCAACAACAACAGCUGUGUUAUUGCCAAGAAUAAUGACAAGAAAUACAAGUCAUUUUGCAUCUUGGAAUAACGUAUCACCUAUUGCUUAUUACCUAUCACUGUUCACCCCUUCAAACGUUUUUGAAAUAUCUGUAAAAUGUGAAUAAACGAAUGUGGGUGAGAAAGACGUAUGGGAAUGAAAACAAAAGAUGUGUAAAGAUCAGAAACUGCAGCCAACAGGAAAGUCUAUUGAUGUAACAAAGUCUCCGGAAACUUUGGGGUCUAUAUUGAAAUAUUUUAAUUAUUUAUUUUUGUGAAUAGUCUUGACUGUAAUAAUGUAUAAUAACAGAGGCAGACCCAGGAAUCUGAGAAGGGAACCAGUGAAAAUUCAGCAUCAGAAAAAUCUUACACUAUGCAAAAUGAAAGUAGAGGAGGUCUGGGGCAUGCUCCCAAUGAAAUUCUUAAAAUAUGGUUUCUAGAAAUGCUAUAUCCUGCAUUCUGGCAAUAUUGCGUACAAAAAAGGUAUAUAAAAACAUGCAUCCCAACUAAAAGCGUAGGCCAAGGCCCCAUCAGCUUCCCUAAAUCCACCUCUGAUGAACUAAAGACAACUUGAGAUGAACAAGAAAAAAUAUUUAAUUUGAUAUGUAAUUCUAAAGUGUUCUUUAUACAUCAUGGUUAUUAAAAUUUAUAUAAAUUUAUGAUAAUAGAAAGCUAUUUACAUUAUUAGCCAUUAAUAAAAAAAUAUUUUACAAUUUAAA